UGGGCAAACCUUGGGUUGUUACCACGGGCGCGCUUGUACUCACUAUGGCUACUUUAAAUAUCUGAAGCUAUUAAGUGUAGUUGUGUAAGAAUCCGUAAGGAUUUACUUAGUUUUUAGUUUGUCUCGAGCCUGUACCGCUGGAUUGUUAGUAGAAUUAGGCAACAUCAUCGAAAGUUAAGCCUUAAGCAUCAAACAAUAUUCAACGCCAGAUGGUGUGCUGACCAGAUUAAAAUUUGAUCAGAAAAAUUCAAAAAUACGAGAAAAAAGGCAAGAAAAAGGUGGUUGACAUGUCAAUUUUAAUCGUAAACGUCUUUCACCUACUAAAAAUCUUUUGACAGUUGUGAAACAACAGUGUAUGUCUUAAAACUUUCGGUGUAAAGUGUCCUUGUACAGCCAUAAAACAGUGUAAUCAAUGUUAAGUUAUUUUAUAUACUUUGGAAACAGCUGAAAUCAUAAACAAAAUCAUCAAGCAGAAGAAAACGUAAUGUAUCCAACAAGAGAACAGUUUACUUGUGUUAGGUGUAAGGAAAAGGUUUUCACCUCUUGGAAUGAUUUUGAAAAUCACCAUGCCAAGCAUGCUGUCGAUUUUACAUUUUCUAAACUUCCGGUUGUAAAGUUGCAACAAAUCCAAAUUUCAAGUAUCAAGUCGAAAAUCCACAAUCUAUCCCCUAUUGCCAACAGAAAUAUAGGCAGAAAAUCACCUAAUUCCAUUGUGUCAAGAUGCUCCAAGAAUACAGGAUCUCAUACUAAGGAGCCAGAGUCUUCUGAAAGCAAACUAACAGAACAGGAAGACUUGCAUGCUUGGCCAGGAAGUUGUGAAUCUUCUAGUCCUGUGGCUUCACCAAGUAGUACACAAAUUGGUGCUUUAAAUAAAAUAGUGUCACCUGCAAGCAUGAUAGCAGUGGAACUCCAAGUAGAUUCAAAUAUCCUAGAUCCAAUAUUCAUUGAAAAACUAGGAGAGGAAAUCAGUUUUUUGAACCAAUCCUCAGUUGAUUCUAUAACUGAGGUUUGUGUGCAAAAGGAUUCUUUACCAGAAGUUGUUCAAUCAUCAGAUGUGAAUCUACCAAGCUCUUCUAAAUCUCCAAUAGAUUUUCAGGCCAUUUCAGCAGAUACCCCUGCAAUAGAACAAACAAUUCUACAAAAUCUUACCACAGAGAAAAACCUAGCAUUGUCACAACUUCUAAAAGACAAACCUGAAGAUAAAUCUGUUGAAAUAAAGGGAAAUGAUGCAUUAAAUCCGGGAAAUGAAUCGCCAAAGGAAAUAGAGCUACCAAAAUCAAAGGGACAACUGCGUUUAGUUCCUUUUGAAUCACUUUUGUCUCCAUCUCGCUUGCCCGUCGAUUGCACAGAGAAGGAAACAACGAUAACUUCAUUCCCUGUCUCGCCAUCGAAGAGUCAUAACAGAGAACAUGCUAUGGUUGUCAUACCCGAAAGAAAUCUGACAGAGUUAAAUAUCUCAGGCCAGACUGCAUUGGUAACUCGUUCAGACUCUUUAAGAUCCUCUCCUGUAAACCCUGUGAUGCAACAGCAGCAGCAAGUUUUGCAAAUAUCUCGAUCAAUUUUACCACCUGCAGUGAUUAGAACUAUGCUUCCAAAUCCUAUAUCGUCGAUUUUGCCUCUGCCACAACAGCCGACCGCAACACAGUCGUACCAGUUUUAUCACCCACUAGGACAAGGUCGUCAUCAUCCACAGGUAUAUCAACAACAAAAGCAGCAGCAACAACAACAGCAGCAGCAACCAAAGCAACAACACCAGCAAAAACAACACCAGCAAAAACAACAUAAACAGCACAAACAACAACAAGCAUACAACGUACUACAAUAUCAACAACAACCAGUGUAUCGACCACAGGGGAUGACAGGUCAGCAACAGAGUUCGUACGCAACAGCCGUUCAGUAUAUCAACCGGCCUUCAAAUCAACAAGAAAUACGGUUUCCAUCGCAAUGCUACUCUACGCCUACCCGAGCUAUCCAACCUAAUGACUUCUGUAGAGCAAGUGUCAGUACAGCAAUGACUUUUGCCAAUCAUGGCUCAGCACACAUCCAUGCAGUUUCCACUACCAGUUAUCUUCACCAGACCACGAAUAAUCAAGUUCAGUCAGUACCAUCUUCCAGCCAUCCGCAAUGUCAGUUUCCCAUCAGUAACGACAUUUACAAUACUUCGUUACAUCAUACUAAUAGCCCUUUGCCACAUUACCCUGCUCAACCUUCUGCUCCUAUCGUCCACCAUGUUCAGUUGCAGAUCCCAUCUGCGCAGUCUACUCGACCAUCUUUUUCGACAGCACAGACUACCGUCCGUCAACAAACAGUGGUGCAUCCAGGUCAAGAAGCGCUGCGCCAUGCUCUAACCAGUUUAUCAGGAACCCCAAUCCGUGCUCAGCAAAUAAUUCAACAACGCCCUGGAUAUGUUGGUAUCCGGCCACAUAGUAUCCGGCCACAGACGUCCAAUAAUCUAAACUCAGGUAGUACACGUCCAACAUCUCAUGUGGCGCUCAGUUCGCAACCCGUGGGGAUCGCUUUACCGUCUACAUCUACGGCUUUUGUUGCGACUUCGUCAGCCAUCCGUCUACCUCAACCAUAUCCAAGGCAGCAAACUUCAAGCGCACCAAGUCAGCCUGUUAUGCAGAAACGACUUUUAACAGUCGAAGAAGGAAUAUCAGAAGUAUGCCAACCUCCUCGUAAAAUAGCCCGUGCGGAAGAAGAAGUUGCUGCCUCUACCUCGCAGCCCAGUGGAGACUGUGAAGUGCGAAUUAUUCAAAAGAAACAGACAGGUCUACCCGUCAUUCAAAGCGUAGAAGGUGGAAUUAACACGGUGAUCAUAAAAGCUAGUUCACAGGCCCUUCAAACGCCAUCUGUUGCGUCACUGCUGAGUAAUCCCAAUAUAACGGUCACACCGGCAAAAAAUAAGGAAAAUCAAGUCGCAUCUGAAACCAUUGCAAGUUUAAAAGCUACAAGUACCCCCACGUCAACAACAACUACCAGUACCAAAACUCCUGGUGCCAUCACAAUCGACUUAACAAACACAGCGUCUGUUUCACUGCAGCAUCGUAACCCUUUGCAAUGUCAAGUUUGCAACGAAACCUUCAGCUCUCAGUCGCUACUUAAAAACCAUUUGGUACUUCAUCUAAGAAAGGUACGUCCUGCCACUGUCCGGCCUACGAAUAGUCCGCCAGUUGCCCGAAGUUUGGUUUUCCAAUCAAACGUUGGAAUUUUCCCAUGUUACGGAGGAGGAACCGACGGUGGGUCGGUGGAGGAGAUUCGUCAGCGGACGAUCCUGCGGCUGAAAACGGGUGACGGAACAACGGUGACACCUACUCCAACGUUUAUGUACGUUUAA